AUGAUUUUUUCUAAUUCAACUGUUUGGACAAAUUAUCGAAUGAAGGUCACAGGUCCUUGUGAUAUGAACUUAAAGCGCUUCAAUUACAAUAUAGGUGAAGUUCGUAUGGAAUGGAAAGAUUCAUAUCCGGUCAUGUUGCUCAAAUCAAUAGAACUGCCUGAUUUUGUGUUGAUUAAUUUUAGUGUGAUUGCGAUUGAACAGAUAUACCCGGCUGGCUGGUGGGAUGAACUUACUGUUGCCUUUGUUUUCAAACGCCGUUAUGGUUGGUACAUACUUCAAGGUAGUCAAAUAACUAAAUAUUUUUGA